AUGACAGGUGGAGAGUAUCAAAAGGGCAAAAAGAGAUAUUUUUUAUCUACUUCCAAGUCUCCUACCAUAAUAUCCAAGUCAAACGUAACUAAAAUUGACCAUGCAUUGAUAUUUGUACUAUUCGUCGCGUCUAGUUUAAUAAGAUUGUAUAACCUCCCAUACCCUGAUAAAGUGGUAUUCGAUGAAGUACAUUUUGGAGGGUUUGCUCGAGAAUAUGCCUGGGGAGACUUUUACUUGGAUGUGCACCCUCCAUUGGCGAAAUUGAUCUUUUUCUUCAUAGCCCUUAGUCUGGGCUGGGAUGGUAAAUUUGACUUUGCAGAAAUUGGGAAAUCAUAUCCUGAAGGAGUUCCCUACUUAUACAUGAGAUUGUUUCCUGCUAUUUGUGGAAUAAUUACUGUCUUAUUGACGUUUGGAUUAUUGAGACUGAGUGGUUGUAGAUCAGUAGUUGCCUUCUUUGGUGCAUCAUUGGUAAUGGUGGAAAAUUCACUUGUUACCCAAUCCAGAUUCAUUUUAUUGGACCUGCCUUUGAUUAUGGGAAUAUCCUUGACUCUUUUUGCGUAUAAGAAGUUUCAAGUAACUAUUCCCUUCUCCAAGAAAUGGCACAAAUUUCUCAUUUUAACCGGUCUUGGAUUGGGUGUCACCAUUAGUACCAAAUGGUCUGGGCUCUUCACAAUGGCGGUUAUUGGUUCACUAACGGCACUAGAAUUAUGGUUAAUUUUGGGAGACUUACAAGUUAGCAUGAAGUCUCUAAUAAGACACUUCAUUAGUAGGUUUGUUGGCUUUUUCCUUAUUCCUUUGACUAUCUAUUUAGGGUGCUUUGCUGCACAUUUUGCGCUGCUUCCAAAUGGUGGUCUGAACUCUGGUGGAUCAGGUAAACUUUCACCUGAAUUUAAAUCUACUUUGAUUGACAAUGAUGUUGAUUGGGAGAAUUUGCCAGUAGAGGUGAGUUAUGGCAGCACUAUUACUUUGAAGCACUUUAACCUUGGAAGCUACUUACAUUCUCACAAUGCCACAUAUCAAACAGGAACCCAAAAGCAGCAAGUUACUCUUUACGGGUUCGAUCCAGACCCAAACAACGAAUGGAUCCUAGAGAUGAAACAAAGACUGGAGGAGGGAGAUUUGCAAAGAAAAAUUAGAACAAUUAAGGAUGGAGACGUCAUCAGGCUUCUUCAUAAAGAAACGGGGAAACUUUUACACGUUGAUGACGUAAGACCUCCAGUUUCGGAAGAAGAGUAUAAUAACGAAGUCAACUGUGAGGGCUCCAAAGGUAUGGAUCCAUAUGAUGGAAAUUACGAAUGGAAAGUUAGAAUAGUGCAAAAGAGAUCUACAUUGACGGAUAAUAACUUGCCCUUGAUAAAGUUACGUGCUACUGAACUGGUGUUCCAAUUGGUACAUGUAGGCACCAGGUGCAUACUCAAUGCACACCAGGAUAAGCUCCCUGGUUGGGCAUUUAAACAACUGGAAGUCUUUUGCACUGAUGAGCCGACUAUUUUGAAUACCUUUUGGUAUGUAGAAUACAAUUCGCAUCCAAAACUAGACGCUGGGGUUAAAUCAGGAACUGAAUCCAAGAUCAACUUGCACCCAUACACAUUUUUGGACAAAUUCUUGGAAAUUCAGCAUCAAAUGUGGAGGCAAAACGAGGACAUUACAGAUUAUCAUGAAUUCAGCUCUCUGCCGGAAACUUGGCCAUUCUUAUCCAGAGGAGUUUCAUACUUCAAAGAUCAAUUUAAUCAUCAAAACAUUUACUUUUUGGGAAAUGUUCCGAUCUACUAUGGAGGAUUCAUUGCAAUUUUAUGGGUUUUAUUACAGAAAGUUAUUUACUUUAUUGGAAUUGCCAAUCCAUUUGUCUACGGAGCGGUUACUUCAGAUGAUUCCAAGAUCUUCCAAGCCGCAAGUUUUGAGUUCUUGUUGGGAUGGAUAUUCAAUUACCUCCCUUAUUUCAGCUUGUCGAGACAAACGUUCCUCCACCAUUACUUACCUGCAUUGUAUUUCUCCAUUUUGGUACUUACGCAAUGUGUUGAGUAUCAAUAUUCCAAGAGACAGUGGUUUGCACGUUUGCUCAUGCUUUCUAUUGGAGGCAGUGCGGGCUAUUGCUUGUACAACUUCGCACCUAUAGUCUACGGGACAUCGUGGAAUCCACUUGAAUGUUUAACUUCUAGAUGGUUUGUUAGAUGGGAUGUAGAUUGUAGCGUAUAUAUCUAG